UCUGACGUAUAACUGACAAUUUAUUAUUUUUCAAGCACCACCAAUGUUUAUAACGAUUGUAUUUCAAUAUCAUAUUUGUUAGAAUUCAUAUAGUUACAAAAAAUGGCUGAAGCAACGGCACCGCCGUCGGAGGCCGGCGAAACUGAUGUUCCGAUUGCCACUACCGCCUCGGACUAUCCCCCCUACCCUCCAUAUUCCACGGCGACGGCGCCCCCUUCCGUCGCUGAAACUAUUGUCACAGGCCGUGAUUUACGGCGAAAGUUUAAAUUUUUACCCCAAAGACCGGCGCGGCCCCCACCAAGACCAGCUAAGCCAAGGGGUCCAAAAGCUACUGAUGUGAAGCUAUCAAAGCAUCAGUACAGGGCACAUGCACGCUGCCUGCGUCGCCACGGCGCUGUGCUGACUGACCGGCUGGAGCACAUGUCCAAGCCCAGCCGGAGGCAUAUGAUAUACCUGUGGAGAGAGCAUGCCGACAUAUUGACACCAGACGCGAUCGGGCGUAUUCGAGCUAUGUUGGAUGCCGAUGAACCUUUUAAGCCGGAGCAAGCUUACGAGUACUUUGUUAAUUUAAGAAAGACAAAGAGGAAACGAAAUAAGAAGCUAAGACGUCAAGGGAAAACAGAUUUGCUGGCCAUAUGCGAUGAUAAAAGAUUCUUGUGGGCAAGGAACGCGACUGUUGCGUUUGCGAGAGGAAUUCAACAACGUCUUGCGAGGCCUGGACGCUACGCUCUUGCUGAUGGAAUGCUGUGCCUGUCGAAUUUGAUCUUAAAUGAUAUAUGCGGUUAUAUGCGAAUGAAGACUCCGUCACGAAACAGUACGAGUCCAAAAGCAAGGUUCAUGAUGGAGAUGUCUGACAAGAUUGCUGUGUGGAUCGAUGAAAUACUUACGGAGUCUGAUGAUCGCAUGCUGAUGAUGGACUUUGACGAGGAUGAAGACGUGAUCGCGGCAGACGCGGCCGGCGAUACGCGUUUCACGGAUGAUUUUCUCGAAAUGAUGCAACAUGGUCAAGAUCAGCCUUUGAAGCAGACUCCUGCUUAUAAGCAAUUUACUGGUGAUAUGCUUGAAGUUUUUAUAAUUUUAACAAACGCGAUGUAUAAACAAGGAGAUGAGAAUUUAAUAGAUCAUGGCAAGUUUCACCAAACUUAUACAGAAGCGGCAAAUUUGCUUAAAGAAACUCCUACAUUUGAUGUCUUGGAAAUUAACAGUGGUGUAGCGAAUAAAAUUAAUAAUGCACUUUCUGGCAUAGCAAAACCUCUCGCCCCGAAGAAUCUAGAGGUCCCUAUGGGAGCUAUGAUUGAUUUGUGCUCGAAUUUCUUAGCUGAGAAUGCUGAAAAUAAUAAGGACAAAGGACCUGCCUUUAAGCUGUUGAUUAGCACAUUACGUAAACAACCGAAACAACUUUUAUUUGAAAAGGAUAGAAUAAAAGAAACAAAUGAAGAUGCCGCUACAGAGUUAACUCAAGCACGAAGUUUGGAAAGCGACCACGAUGAUCCGGUUUUAACCGGAAAAAUCCAGGAGGGUCUGAGAAAAGUGGUGGCCAAGGUUACACCACUCGACAUGCAAACUGACAUGAAUGAAACUCUUGACAUUUGCUCAAAAUAUCUAUCUCAGGGUGUUAUCGAUAAAUUGGAACGAGGUCCAGCUUUCGAUAUACUUAUAAAGGAACUUGCAUUUACUGGAUCUAAACCUUUCACACCUCAAUUUCCCGAUUUAGAAAUAAACUUCGCAGCUGCUCAUGUGUUAACGAAAGCACCGGGCUUGUCAAGCAUUAGCCCAAAUCCAGCAACGAAACCUUUAUUUGAAAAGGCUUUACACAAAGUCGUGGACUUAGUUACACCCAAGUCUCUGAAGCAAGAAAUGAAUGAGGUAAUCAAAAGGUGCGCUAAUUAUUUAUCUGGUUAUGUACGGGACAGAGAACACGCUUUAAAGUUGCUGGUGGAGACAAUGAAAAAGACACCUACAAAGGAUCUUGCAAAAAGAGCUGACUAUGCGAUGGAGUAUGGAACUGGUGCCGAAGAGACAGAAAAAACUCCAGCUCUAGUGCCAUAUUUGCCUGUAAAAGAUAUAGCAACAGAAAUUAAGGAAAAACUAGCGACUGACGUUAAACCCGUCACUCCAGCACAAUUGCAUGUGCCAAUGAAAGGUUGUUUUUUUUUCUAUAUUAUAAAGUGGGAAACAAGCAUGCGGUAA